UAUCGCGUAAAUAUGUACCAGGGCAGCAUAAGGGGCUCUUUAUUGUAAAUGCGCGCGAGUCGAGCGCACGCGGACUGCUUUGUGCCACUUGUGCCUUCCGUAUCAAUUGACUGUUUUAUAUACUAAGGGACCAUGAAUUGGGGUUCAGAAGAGCCGACUGAGAAGCUGGAAAUCAAUCAGGCGGUUGGAAAACUGUUACUGUCCUUCAAUUAUAACGAAAUAGUGCCGCAACCGAACAAGGGUGGUUGCGUCCGCAAGCCACAUGUUAAGCGGCCAAUGAAUGCCUUCAUGGUGUUCGCCCAGGCAAUGCGAAAGCGUCUCUCAGAGCAGCGGCCGUCACUACACAACGCGGAGCUCAGCAAAUCAUUGGGAUCCAUGUGGAAAAGCUUAAGCGAAGUCGACAAGAUGCCGUUUAUAAAAGAAGCGGAGAAGUUAAGGAACAAACACAAAAAAGAUCAUCCUGAGUACAAAUACCAGCCUAGGCGAAGAAAGCCCCUGCCGGCGCCAUCGACCAGGCUGAGGCGGGAGAUAUCUCCAGAAAGAUCACAGAUUGACUUCUCGCGGAUCGAAGUAGAUAGCGCUCUCAUUGAUGGGCCUCCAGACGGUGCUGAAUUGGACCAGUAUCUCAAACCAGAGCCGGAGUACCACGACCUUCAGCCGCGUUUCAAUCAUGGGCUGGUCCACCAUGUUCCAACACUGUAUGGUCCGCUCCCAUCUCACCUGCAUCCACCUAGCUCUGACUGGUCACAUUACCCUCAUCCAUAACCACAUUCUGACUUAAAAAAACCAGCAGAUAACACUACGUUGAUAUUCUUCUUAAUUCAUUUAUCAUAAAUUAAGUUUUUUGGUAUUUAAAUCCUGUCGUCAGCUUUAUAGGAAUAAUACUCUUACCCUAAUAAUGGCAGCAUUUGUAGGUCUGUUUUCCAUAAGUAUUGACUUCACAUUAGAUAGACCGCAUCCUUAUUUCUUCAUAAUAUUGAGAGUAAGUGGCCAGUGGCCAUUUUUCAAUAAAAACGUUCUCAACCCUUUCAUCCCUGAUUUUUAAUUGAACUUCAAAAAGUCUUCAGAAAAUAAAAUACUAACCCCCUUAUUCAUAAUAGUCUGAUAACUUAAAGCAUUGCUAAUUCUCACUCUGUCUUCUUCUAUUGACCUAAGUCAGAAUGAGAAAAAACGCUCCUAAGCGGCUGUUUAAAGUUAGCGGACCAUUAA